AUGUCUAACACAAUAGAUACGGCCAAGCUGGCCUUGAUCCCUCAAGGCGCAGCCUAUGGCCUGCUUAUUGGCCUCGGCGUGCUCUUCUGCGGUGUCAUCCUAUUAGCCGUCAAAGUUCAAAGAGCAUAUCUCUCCGAAGAUUCAGGAAAAUCCGAAAUGUUCAUGGUCGCCAAUCGAUCUGUUGGCACGGGUCUCACAGCCUCAGCAGUAUUUUCGUCAUGGAUGUGGAUCAAUGAGACGGUCUUAGCAGCAGCGAUGUGCUACAGAUAUGGAUUGGCACUUCCCUUGUGGUGGGGCUCUGGUCUUUGCUUUCAGAUUGCAUUGAUGGCAGCACUCGGUGUCAUGGCAAAGAUUCGGGUUCCAUAUGCACACACUUCCUUGGAGAUUGUGCGCAUGAGAUAUGGGGAAAUUGGACAUCUUGUGUUUGUUGUGCUCAAUUUGGUGAACAAUGUUUUCGGUUGCGCCUCCAUGAUCAUGACUGGGUCUCAACUUAUCUACGGAGUCUCUGGCAUGAAUUUUGUGGCUGCGACUAUCCUGAUUCCACUUGGAGUGGUCCUCUAUACGGCUGUUGGUGGUCUCAAAGCCACGUUUCUUACCGACUACCUUCACACAACCAUUGCGUUGAUUCUUAUCAUUUACUUCACUCUGGCUGUACUGACGAAUUCUGCGGUGGGCGGAUUGAGUGGCCUUUACGAUAAGGUAGUUGCCACCGCAGGAGAGAAUUACAUCUCCGGUAAUUACGAGGGCUCCUUACUCACUUUCAAGUCCAAGGGAGCCAUCAUUUGGGGCUUGAUCUUGAAAUUUGGAAAUUUGGCUUUGGUCGUCAUGGACACCGCAUUCUGGCAAAAGUCAUUCGCAACGGAGGUCCGCGCCACAGUUCCUGGAUACACCAUUGCAGCAAUCGCUGUGUUUGGUAUUCCCUGGGGUCUAGGCACAGUGAUCGGGCUGGCAGCCCGCGCAAUCCACAACACGCCCAUCUUCCCAACUUAUCCUGGUGAACUCACUUCGACGGAGGUGAGUAUGGGCAUGGUCAUGCCCUAUACACUCAAGGCUCUGCUUGGAGACAAGGGGAUUAUCGGGUUCUUUUUCCUGUUGUUUAUGGCUCUCACCAGCACCGUUUCGUCGUCCAUGAUUGCCGUGAGCAGCAUCCUCUCUUACGACAUCUACAAGACCUAUCUGAAUCCUCAAGUGACCGACAAGAAACUUGUGCGAGUCAGUCAUCUGACAGUCGUAAUCCACGGCAUCUUCAUAACGGGGAUCUCCAUCGCGAUGAACUACGGCGGGGCGAACAUGACCUGGAUCAAUUACCUACGACCAGUCAUAUCGUGCCCUGGUAUCAUCCCCCUCAUCCUGACCCUCUUCUGGUCUCGUCAAACUCGCCUUGCUGCUAUUUUGGCUCCCAUUUUGGGGUUCUUUACAGGUCUUGCUGUUUGGUUGGCAACAGCAAAUUCAAUGUACGGGGCGGUCGACAUUGAUACAACGUCUAACGAGUACCCUGCUCUAUAUGCAGCUAUUGCAUCCUUCUUUUCUCCGGCACUUUACUCAGUCUUCCUGUCUCUCUACAAGCCCUACCAGUUUGACUGGCGAGAAUUUCUCCGCAUCGAAUUGACUGAUGAAGCACAGCUUCACGCCGGAUCAGAUGGGAGCACACUCAACGAGGUUGUUGAAUCCAAUGAAGAAUAUCUAUCGGAUGCUUUGAAAGACCUCAAAAGCUCGAUUAAGCCACUGUCUGUUACUACCCAGUCGGAUCCCAAUCAUGACCUUGACCCAGAGCGCAUUGAUGCCCUCGGGGAAAAACCAACCCCAACGACAUCGCCAUCGAUGUCUACAAUCCAACCCAACAUUGAUGAAAUUCAACAUCCUUUUGAUGACGCGACUCUGAAGGAGCUCUACAAGUGGCUCAUUAUCGCAUCCAUCUCGUUCGUGGUACUCUUCUUGGUCACCGUCAUCGUAUGGCCACUUCCACUGUACCGAGAUUACAUUUUCACCAAGUCAUUCUUUUCCGGAUGGACAACGGUCGCUAUAAUCUGGCAGUUUGGCGCAUUCGGCGCAGUGGUAAUUUUCCCACUGUACGAUGGAAGCGAUGCAAUUGCGACGGGAGCUCGGGGCAUUUGGAACGCUUCUAGAAAGUACUUUAAUCGGACUACAUAG